GCAAAAAUCCUCCCCUAAACCCUCUCUCCCUCUUCCUCUUCCUCCUCUUGUGUCAGCUGCACCCACUCCGCUGUCUGCAUAGCAAGACUAAUAGCAUGUUCGCUAAUAAACCAUAAAAACAAAACAAAAGAGACAAAUGAAGGAGAGGCUAUGACUGGGUUUUUAUUAGUUUGGACUUCUCCAUCCUCCUUCUUCCGUCUUCCUCCCUUCAUGGCGGCGGCCAAGUUGCAGUGCAGGGUGGCUCUGUCUCUUCACAAUCAUCCUUUUUCCAGAAGAGUUUCAUCCAUCAACCCUUCUAUGCUUCCACAAACAAGUCCCCCUCUUUUUCUCUCCUCUUUAACUCCUCCUCAUUUAUUUUUAACUUCACACCGUCAUUUUUCUUCUGUCAAUCAACGUUCUGCUGGCUUUUCCAAAUAUUGGAAGAGAACUAAGCCCUUCACUGCUCAUCUUAACAACAAAGAUAAUGAUGCCAAUCCCACUGAACAGUCUUCUGGAGAUGUCAACCUGGAUUCAACUGCUCCUGUUACCACCCCUAACUCCAAACCUACUCCUACUACUACUAGACAUAAGAAGCACUCCAAAACCAACUCGAAAAAGCAACAAUCUUCUACCUCCGUCGAAGAAGCAGCUCAAGCUAAGACUUCCAGUUCCACUAAGACCAAGACCAAACCCAAGGAAUUGCUUGAUGCUUCUGCUUCAACCAAACCCCAGCCCAACAAGAAAACCAGAAAACCUACUGGAAAGCCUAAAGCUAUCAAAACAGUUAAGGUUUCACCAGACAAACAACAACAACAUAAACCAAUGCACAAAAGCAAACCUUUCAGACAAGGGUCACUGAAGCCGCUAUAUCCUCCUACCGCCAAAUCUGUUGUGGUGGUCGAGUCUGUUACCAAGGCAAAGGUUAUUCAGGGCUACCUCGGUCCUAUGUUUGAAGUUUUACCUAGCUAUGGUCAUGUCAGGGACUUGGCUGCAAGGUCUGGUUCUGUGCGCCCUGAUGAUGACUUUAGUAUGGUAUGGGAGGUUCCUUCUCCUGCCUGGACUCAUCUCAAGACCAUUAAAGUUGCACUCAACGGAGCAGAAAAUCUUGUACUUGCAUCAGAUCCUGAUCGUGAAGGAGAGGCAAUUGCUUGGCAUAUUAUUGAGAUGUUGCAACAACAGGAUGCCUUACAUCAAGGGGUUACCGUGGCAAGAGUUGUCUUCCAUGAAAUAACUGAACAGUCCAUAAAAAAUGCUUUGCAAGCUCCAAGAGAAAUUGAUUUAAACUUGGUUCAUGCUUAUCUUGCACGUCGUGCUCUUGAUUAUUUAAUUGGAUUCAACAUUUCACCAUUGUUAUGGAGGAAAUUACCAGGUUGCCAGUCAGCUGGACGUGUCCAAUCUGCUGCAUUAUCUCUUAUAUGUGACAGGGAAAUGGAAAUUGACGAAUUUACACCACAAGAAUAUUGGACUAUUGACGUGGAAUUGUACAUAAAGGAGACAGGUUCUUCAGUGAAUGCCCGCUUGACACAUUUUGACUUUAACAAGUUGAAUCAGCUUUCAGUUAGAUCUCACACAGAGGCAAGGGAUAUUGAACGGAAGAUAAAUGUGGCAAGUUUUCUUGUUGCUGGUGCUAAAGAAAGCAAAAUGAGGAGAAACCCUCCCACACCUUAUAUAACAUCAACUCUUCAGCAGGAUGCAGCAAACAAAUUACAUUUUUCUUCAAUGUACACAAUGAAGCUUGCACAAAAACUUUAUGAAGGGGUUCAGUUAUCAGAUGGAAAGACAACGGGUUUAAUCACAUAUAUUAGAACAGAUGGGCUACAUAUCUCUGGCGAAGCUGUUAAGGAAAUACAUUCAUUGGUGAUUGAAAGGUAUGGUCAAGAUUUUGCAUCUGAUAGCCCACGAAAAUAUUUUAAGAAGGUCAAGAAUGCUCAAGAGGCUCAUGAAGCAGUCCGACCCACUAAUGUUCGGAUGUUACCAUCAAUGCUUGCUAAUGUACUUGAUGAAGAUUCCUUGAAGUUGUACACUCUUAUCUGGUCAAGAACAGUAGCAUGCCAAAUGGAACCUGCUACUAUUGAGCAGAUACAAGUUGACAUUGGGAAUGCUAAUGGGUCAAUUACUCUGAGAUCUGCAUGCUCAGGAGUUGGGUUUCUCGGGUACCAGAUAGUCUAUGAGGAUAAAGAAGCUGGAGCAAUAAAAAAUAAGGAAAGUGAAGUAAAUGAUCAUAAUGAAGCUUUUGGAAUUCUCAAGUCACUGAAGCCAGGAGACCCUUUCAAUCUUAGUGAAGUAAAACUCAAGCAGCAUUUCACACAGCCUCCACCGCGCUACUCUGAAGGAACAUUGGUUAAGAAGCUAGAGGAACUUGGCAUUGGAAGACCUUCCACUUAUGCAAGCACUUUAAAAGUCUUACAGGACAGGAACUACGUGACAGUAAAAAACCGUGUGCUAAAUCCAGAAUUUCGUGGCCGCAUGGUGUCAGCAUUUCUCUCUCAGCAUUUUACUGAGGUCACAGACUACAGCUUUACUGCUGACAUGGAGACUGAGCUUGAUAAUGUUUCUGCUGGCUUAACGGAAUGGAAAGGCCUUCUUAGAGACUAUUGGACACGAUUUAGCUCAUAUUGCAGUCAUGCUGAAAGUGUACAUAUUCAUCAGGUGGAGAAAAUGCUGGAAAAAACAUUUGGUGAUUUUUUGUUUGGUUCCCUCCCUGAUGAUAGCAGGACAUGCCCCAGUUGUCUAGAGGGCACCUUGAUCUUCAAAGUAAGUAGGUAUGGUGCAGGCUAUUUUAUAGGCUGUGAUCAACACCCAAAGUGCAAGUAUAUUGCUAAGACAUUAUACGGUGAUGAUGAAGAUGAAGAAACUCCUCAAAACAACUCUGUGGAGGAACCAAAGCUUCUUGGCGUUCAUCCUGUUUCCACUGAAAAGGUUCUUUUGAAGAACGGUCCUUAUGGAUUCUAUUUACAGCUUGGUGAAGACAGGAAGGGUUACACACCAAAAAGAGCCUCUGUUUCUCAUAUAAAGGAUGUGGACAAUAUUACACUGGAAGAUGCUCUGGAGUUGCUGCGUUACCCUGUGACUUUGGGUAACCAUCCAAAGGAUGGGCAUCCUAUAAUAUUAAAGCUUGCAAAGGUAGGAUUUGCUGUUAGACAUCGACGAACAAUUGCUUCAGUUCCCAAGAAUAUGAAGCCAGACAAUGUCAGCUUGGAGAAAGCUUUGGAGCUUUUAUCUGGGGAUGAUGUAAGGCGAAGCGGACGACCGAAGAGGAAACCAAAGGUUGAGGAAGUCGUUGAGGCAAUGUAGCCUGGUAUUGCAUAAAAUGGCAGCUGUUGUGAUACUAAUCAUCAGUUCAAGGCUUAAAAGAGCACAAAACCAUUUGCUUGCAAUUGCAAGAUCAGUCUCAGCUCUUAUACGAGCAUGGAGUGGAGUCAUCUUCUUCUUCUUCUUUUUUCUUAAUUUGUUAUUUAUUUAGAGAAAAUGUUAUGUAGAACGAGUAUGGCAGUAAGCAAUUUUCCUUUUUCCUUUUUUCUUGUUUUGUUUUGUUAAGGGAAAGUAUUAUAACUUACUUAAUUUUUUGUAAUUUUAAUUUAUUUUUUUUGGGGUGGGAUAUAAAAGAGGGCCAAUUCAUUAUAAUUUUGAGGGAAGUUUGUAUAGUGGUAUUUGAUUAAUGGAAUUGAAUGAAAAAGGGUCAGUAUUAUAUUA